CUCUCUCUCUCAAUGCUGUGCCAACUCCUCCAGCUUUACAAAUAUGAUAAGACCAAAGCUGCAAGAACUCUUCCAGCACUAUGGUAAUGGUUAACCAGAUAAUUCAUUUUUGGGUGGGACUAGAAAACAGUCAGAAGUUAUUCUGUCUUCUUUUCUGUGCUAGCCUGUCUUAAAUUAGUUGAAUUCGUUCAUACAGUAGCAGGACUCAGAAUGGAGGAGACAUUGCAACCAGAGAAGCAGGAGUCGGAAUAUAAAAAUCAGAAUGAGGACCAAGGUGGGAUCUGUCGCCGAUUGCGAGACAGGGAUCUUCUCAGGAAGAGGAAGGCUGAAGCAGAAGAGAAUGAGACUAACCAGUGGGUUUUUGGGGUGGAGAGCCAGAGGAAAAGACCCAGGACUGAGAGUGGCAUAAAGAGGAGAGGGAGGCCCAAGAAGAGUGAGCCCACGCCCAAGAUAUCUGUCAUUCAGGAGGAGCCAGCAGUGCCUCAGGGAGCUCCUUCAGUGGUGGUGGUGCCUGAACCUGCUGAGGUCAUCCCAGAUCAAACACCAGGCUCUCUAUCUCCCUUACUUGCUCCGGAAUCAGAACCAUCAUCUGUCCUUGCUGCCCCUGCACCUCUGCCAGUGCUUGGAUCCAUCCAAAGCCCUGUCUUUGCUCCUGAUCUGACUUCUCCAUCUCAAAUUUAUCCGACUCCAGUCCUUUUUUCACCUUCAGCUCCUGCUCCAUCUCCCGCCAAAGCCCUAGAUACGGCUCCAAGCGUUGUCCAAGAUUCGGCUCCAGCUCCAGAAGCUGUCCCAGUCCCAGCCCUGACCCAAGCCCCUGUUCCAGCUGCAGCUCCUCCCCAAGUGGAGACCUUCUUCACAGAGUCACAAGGCAGGGAGGCUCUGAACCUGAUUGAGGACUUGGGCCCAGAUGAGGAGGAAGACAUCUCUCCAUCUCAGGGCAAAAGAUCUGAUGAAGAUUUGAUUGAGACACCGUCGAUCACUGUACCUGAACAAAACAAAAUGUUCUCAAUUCCAACGAUGUCCUUGACGCCUCCUCCACAAAAAUAUUUUCCAGGAAAUUUAUUCUAAUUUUCUAAAACACAUUUCUCAGAUACUGCCUCGGCUCAGAAUACAACCAUUUAGUUUGUAUCUGAGUAUUAUUUUAGUUAGUGUGCAGCCUGUUGGUUGAAGAGAACCAACAUAUUGAGCAUAUGCAUUGCUUAUUUGACAACUGAAUGAAUUCAAACCAAACCUGUUUGUAUUCUUAUUUAUUCUGGUUUGUGCUUCACUUCGAAGCUCACAAAUUCUAUUUUGCAUUUAGUAAACAGCAAAUUCUGCUUGCUUUUAUUUAAUAGUAAAUGGUAUAAAUCACUGGUAAGGAUGUAUUUGUAAUUAUGGGUUUAUUUGAAUUUUGUAAAAGUUGUUUUUCACCUAAUAAAAUACACUGCUUACCAUCCUCUGA